GGAGCGGCCGCCGCGGCAAGUCUCCACCCCGGAUAUCGCGCUCCUUCCUCGGCUCGUAUAUAUAGCUAGCAGGACCGACGGGCCGUCACCGGUUGUUCAUUGUUCUUGUUGAUGGUGAGGCUCUGCGAGAGAAGGAUGAAGUUCCUUGUGGCCAUUACGAUCAUUGCGGGAUCGCUGGUUUUUCUCGCUUUCCCAAAUGGCUCCUCUGCGGACGAGAAGAAGAAAGGCCCCAAAGUGACUGCGAAGGUUUACUUUGACAUGAAAGUUGGAGAUGAAGAGGUUGGGAGGAUCAUCAUCGGGGUGUUUGGGAAAACCGUUCCCAAAACAGCCGACAACUUUAUCGCUCUGGCGACCGGAGAGAAAGGAUUCGGUUACAAGGGCAGCAAAUUCCACCGAAUAAUCAAGGACUUCAUGAUUCAGGGUGGAGACUUCACGAAAGGAGACGGCACCGGAGGCAAGAGCAUCUACGGCGACCGUUUCCCCGACGAGAACUUCAAGCUGAAGCACUACGCUCCCGGCUGGAUGAGCAUGGCGAACGCCGGCAAAGACACCAACGGCUCCCAGUUCUUCAUCACCACCAUUCAGACGCCGUGGCUGGACGGCAAGCACGUCGUCUUUGGGAAGAUCCUGGAGGGGAUGGACGUGGUGAAGAAGAUCGAAGGCACGAAGACGGACGGACGAGAUAAGCCUCUGAAAGACGUCAUGAUCCACGAUUGCGGCGUCAUCGAGGUGGAGAAGCCAUUCGCGGUGCCCAAGGAGUAGUGGAGAACAAGAACAGGACUGAGGGGGGGGGGGACCGUACAGGCCGGGACCGUACAGGCCACCUUGUGUGAUCACCAUCAGCCCUGUGAUCCCGGUGAAAGGGCUUGUGGGUAACUGUCGGCGGCUGCCGGACGAGCCAUCGUGACGACACUCUGGGUCCAUUUACCAAUGAGCAUUCCACAGUGCACUUCACUGUUUGUUGUUGUUUUUGUAAGAAAAAGAUCUGAAAUAAAGGUUUCAAUUUUU